UAUUUCUCGGGUUGUAUUAGCGCUCUUAAUAGUACUUAUAUCCCUUUUAAAGCAGUAAAGGUACCUAAUCUAGGCGCUUAUCGUAACCGCAAAGGAGGUGUAUCGCAGAAUGUAUUAGCGUACUAUAACUUCGAAGGAAUGGUUACCUAUAUAUUGCCUAGAUAG